AUGGCGACCCACUCGUCCUCCAACAUUCCUUCUCGAGUCUUCUCAAUAGGAUCCGAGCCAUCACUGUCAGCUUUCAAGAAGUUAUGUUCUCAGGAAGCAUUUCAACAGGAUUACCCGCUUUCCUCCCAGGUCUUAUCAAAUGUUCCAAUUUACAAUCUUGCUCAAAUUGAUACCGGUGACAAAGGCCUGCACGCACGCUUACAGGCCGAGUGGCACCACAUUCUUCUUGCCGGCCCCGGGGUCGUCGCCCUGAAGAAUAUGUAUCCAGACAAACAACUCAUUGAGAAAGCGAACUCUGUAUAUGGUGGGAUAAUCGAGUCCGAAAAGCAAGCAGCUCGCAAAGGCGACCAUUUCUCAAGCAGUUCCGCCAACGAUAGAAUCUGGAACUCUUUCAGUAAGCACUGCUUAUCCGAACCCGAGUCAUUUGUAGAGUAUUACUCAAAUCCAUGGUUAUCUCUUAUCUGCGAGGCUUGGUUGGGACCUGGGUACCGCAUCACCAGCCAAGUAAAUGUGGUUAAGCCCGGAGGUGCUGCUCAAGUUAGCCAUCGAGAUUAUCACCUGGGCUUCCAGACCGCCGAAGCGUGCGAAAAGUUCCCAAUCGCUAUACAAAUUGCGAGCCAGCUGCUUACGCUCCAAGGAGCAGUGGUGCACAGCGAAAUGCCUGUUGAGAGCGGGCCGACCAGGCUCCUUCCUUUCAGCCAACGUUUUGAUGAAGGGUACAUGGCGUACCGCCUCCCUCAGUUCAAGGCAUAUUUCCUAGAAAAUUAUGUCAGCUUACCGUUAUCGACUGGCGAUGGUCUGUUUUUCAAUCCUGCUUUGUUUCAUGCUGCAGGUGAGAAUGUCACGGAAGAUGUUCAGCGAACGGCGAACCUACUUCAAGUCAGUAGUGCCUUCGGAAAACCGAUGGAAUCAAUAGAUGCGCUUCCGUUGAUUGAAGCAACGUGGGACCUUCUCAAGGGGAGAUUUGCGAGAGAGGGUGAGAGUGCGGGAGUUAAAGCUUAUGUUGCUGCUGUCGCUGAAGGCUAUCCGUUCCCAACAAACUUAGACCGGCGACCGCCAGCUCCUGGUGGGAUGGCGCCGGAGUGGAAAAGAGAAAGAGAUUUCUAA